AUGGCCAGGUCGAUUAUCAUACUGUUGGUAUCCUUGAUUCAACUCUGUUCAUUUUCUUCUUCAUCCGAUGAUCAUCUACAUGAGGGAAAAUCAUUGUCAGUGGAUACCAAAGGAGAUGUUUUAAUUUCAUCAGAUGGGACCUUCAGCGCCGGGUUUCACCCCGUUGGCCAAAACGCUUACUCCUUUUCCAUUUGGUUCAACAAACCCUCUUGUAGCCACAAUUGCACCGUCGUGUGGAUGGCAAACCGUGACUAUCCCGUCAACGGAAGACACUCGAAGCUCACCUUAACGAAACACGGUAAUCUUGUUUUGACCGAUGCUGGACGUAUCACAGUUUGGGCCACCGACACGGUGUCUCAUCUCUCCGCUGCACAUUUAAAACUCUACGACGGCGGCAACCUGGUCCUGCAUGAUUCCACGGGUGCAACACUUUGGCAAAGCUUUGAUUCACCCACAGAUACUUUGCUUCCGCUUCAACAACUCAAAAAGCACGCCAAGCUUGUCUCAUCAAGAAGCCGAAACAACUGUUCUUCGGGUUUCUUUAAUCUCUACUUCGAUUCUGAUAACGUUCUUAGUCUUUUAUAUAAAGGUCCCGAGGUUUCCAGUAUUUAUUGGCCAAGCCCCUGGCUUUUGAGAUGGGAAGUUGGAAGAUCCACCAACAACAAUAGCAGAAUUGCAGUACUGGAUCCUUUGGGCAAAUUUAGUUCAACUGAUAAUUACACCAUUAAGUCUGCUGAUUAUGGUAAGAGGAUUCAUAGAAGAUUGACCAUUGAUUUUGAUGGCAAUGUUCGAUUGUACAGCCUAAAUGAAAGGGAAGACAAAUGGGUUGUUUCAUGGCAGGCCUACCCUCGACUAUGCAAGAUUCACGGAACUUGCGGCCCGAACAGUGUAUGCAGUUCCAGUCCCAAAUAUGGUAGGAAAUGUUCUUGCAUUCCUGGAUAUAGGAUGAAGAAUCACACAGAUUGGUCCUUUGGUUGUGUACCUGAAUUUGAUCUUUCUUGUAAUGGAGUUGAGGCUGGUUUUAUAAGUCUUAGACAUACUGAAUUUUACGGCUACGAAUAUGCUAUUUAUACAAAUUACACUGUAGAGAUGUGCAAGAACUUAUGCUUGGAGCAAUGCAAUUGCAAAGGUUUCCAAUUUAGGUUUCAUAAAUCCCAUCAACCGUAUAGUACAUACUGUUAUCUCAAGUCUGAACUGAGGAAUGGCUAUCACGAGCCAUUUUUUGACGCAGACAUCUACUUGAAGUUGCCAAAGACCAAGCUUUCAUUGUCCUAUGAGCUUGUUCAAGAUUACAGCCUUGAAUGCUCCGUUCAAGUUGAGCAGCUCACACGAACGUAUCACGAAAGCAAGGAAAACGAUCCAUUCAAGUUGUUCCUUCGGUUUCUAUCGAAAAACACUGUUCUCUGGUCUACCUGUGCCAUUGGAGGAAUAGAGUUUCUAAUCAUUUUCUUGGUUUGGUUUUUCUUGAUUAGAACGUGGCACGAGUCAGAUCUAAUGGGAAGCUACCACCUAAUUGCUGCAACAGGUUUCAGAAAAUUCACAUAUUCUGAGCUUGAUAAGGCAACAAAUGGUUUCAGGAAAGAAAUUGGAAGAGGCGCCGGAGGAAUUGUGUACAAAGGCAAACUGCCGGAUGAUAGAAUCGCUGCUAUCAAGCGACUCAUUGAUGCGAAUCAUGGGGAAGCUGAAUUCCUAGCAGAAGUGAACACCAUUGGGAAGCUUAAUCACAUGAACUUGAUAGACUUGUGGGGAUAUUGCGUGGAGGGAAAGCACAGGCUUUUGGUCUACGAGUACAUGGAGCACGGAUCCUUGGCGGAAAACCUCUCUUCUAAAACACUUGAUUGGGAGAAAAGAUUUCAAAUUGCAUCAGGAACUGCAAAAGGCUUAGCUUACUUACAUGAAGAAUGUUUGGAGUGGAUUCUUCACUGCGAUAUAAAGCCUCAAAACAUUCUCAUAGGCUCUAAUUUCCAGCCUAAAGUGUCAGAUUUUGGGCUCUCAUGGUUGCUAAACCGAGGUGAUGUAAAGCAUUCAAAAGUCUCAAGGUUAAGAGGAACCAGAGGUUAUAUGGCGCCGGAGUGGGUACUCAACAUGCCAAUCACCUCCAAAGUUGAUGUCUACAGCUAUGGGAUCGUUUUACUUGAGUUGGUCACCGGAAGAAGUCAUUCAAAAGGAGUAGAAGGUGAAAGGGAAGAGGUGCAAAGAACGUUAAUCAAAUGGGUGAAGGACACGAUUGAUGCGACUGAAACAUGGAUGGAGAUGAUAAUAGACCCAACGUUGGAAGGGCAAUACGACAAGACCGAGAUGUCGAUCUUGGUGACCGUAGCUCUCCGAUGUGUCGAAGAGGAUAAAGAUGCGAGACCGACAAUGGGUGAAGUGGUUCGGAUGCUUCUUCAACUUGGAGAAAAGCAUUGAGCAAACAUAUUCAUGUUCAAUCCCAGAAACAUCGAAUCUUGGGUUAUAAGUUGUAACCAAGCUUAAAAGAAUAUUUACAAUAAAACAAUGGGU